UCUAGCGCCAUCUACGAUUUUUAGAUGAUAUAUUUUCCACAUCGACUCCGAAAAAACUUGACUUUAUCAUUGUUUGAGCUUUUGAUCAUUACUUGAUUAAAUUAAAAAUGCCUGCCAUCGUUAAACCAGGGGAACUCUUUGUUCAGAUUGCAGGAAUUUCGGGUGCUCUGGCCGUUGCUCUUGGGGCGUACGGAGCUCAUGGCAUGAAAAAUCAAUCACCUGAAGCGAAACAUACAUUUGACACAGCAAGCAGAUACCAUUUUGUGCACACCUUGGCUCUCUUGGGGAUCCCUCUCACCAAUAACCCUAAUCUGUCCGGUAGCCUGUUGACAUUGGGGAUGGUGUUGUUCUCAGGUACUUGCUACUUUUCUGCCCUGACUGGUUCGACAGCUCUCAACAGACUGGCGCCCAUCGGUGGCAUGACCCUCAUUGCAGGAUGGGCGUCCAUGGCUCUGGGUAAUCUGAGAUAACUCGGCUUUAAAUAGGUUCUUUAAAACAAACUACUCUAAAAAAUAAAACAGGGCCCUAGCUGUUCCGUAAACCUAAUUGUUAACGAUAGCAAGUUACCAUAACUGUUUUAAGCUACUGAAAUCAUUGCAUUUGGACUCGGUUGGCCGAGAGCAAAUUUGUAAUAACAUUUUGGCACUUGUUAUUGAAUAUUCGCAUGUGUGAAAUGUUCUUGAAUUUCAUGAUCGGUUCAGAUUCACUAUGUGAAAUGAAUGAAUCAUAACUGAUACAUGUACAACUGAAUUUAUUCGCAAUUUUGGAAAGUUUUUUGUCUUCUUGAAAUUGUUGUUGUUUUCAUGAAUUUUACGAUUGGUUCAGAUUCAUGAUAAUUUCAUGUGAAAUUAAUCAAUUAUAACUGAUACACCAGAAUAUUUUGCAAUUUGCAAAUGUUUCAUGCCGGCAGAAAUUGUUAUUGAUUACAAAAUGCGGAAGUUUCUGGUUUUUAGAAUACGUUAAUUGACCCCUUCUCUGACACCAAGUUUUUGAACAAUUGUCAGGAAUAAAAACCUACCAGUGUUAAGGCUUGCUUGUUCAGCUAUGACGUGGCCAAACCGCAGCGAUUUUUACAACAUAAAGUGUAAUACACUUGACAUUUCUGUGUCUAGCAGUAACGCGUAGCUCAAUACGCGCAAGUCCUUAGUUGUGCACAGUUGCCAUUCAUUUACACAUAUAAAAAAACCUGUGGGGCUUUUUUGCUGCAGUUUACUGCGAUAUAUCUGAACUCUUGCCACAUCAAUUUGACACUUAUUUUUUAGCUAAACGUUAAUUGUAUCAUAUCAUUUCUAAAUGUACUGGUCUCUAGCGUGAGUAUUGCUAGAGGGGUCAGGGUUUACACACUAAAAAGUUGUUACUAUCAAUGCCAAAGGUGUAUAUUGUCAUCAAUCACAUUCAUAGCUUUAUAAACCAAAAGAGUUGUGUUUUUGAUUUUCAAGAUGAAAAGUCUUUCUACUUCCCAUUUU